AUGGGAAGCCUGCCUCCCCAGUCGCAACCGGACUGGAGGAGAUGCCCCCUGACACUGUGCGAGGAACUCCAGCUAAAUGAGAGAUUGGAAGGGGGAAGCCAGGGCGAGCCCUUGCUCUCUGGCGAGCUGUCCAUGGAGAAGGUGAAGGUGAAGCGAUAUGUGUCGGGGAAGCGGCCCGACUAUGCACCCAUGGAGUCCUCGGAGGAGGAGGAUGAGGAGUUCCAGUUCAUCAAGAAGGCAAAGGAGCAGGAGGUUGAGCCCGAGGAGCAGGAGGAGGAGCUCGCCAACGACCCCCGGCUCCGGCGUCUUCAGAACCGCAUCGCUGAAGAUGUGGAGGAGCGGCUGGCAAGACACCGUAAAAUCGUGGAACCUGAAGUGGUUGGAGAAAGUGAUUCAGAGGUGGAGGGGGAAGCUUGGCGCCUGGAGAGGGAGGACACCAGCGAAGAGGAAGAGGAAGAGAUCGAUGAUGAGGAGAUUGAACGUCGGCGUGGGAUGAUGCGUCAGCGAGCACAGGAGAGGAAAACCGAGGAGAUGGAAGUGAUGGAGUUGGAAGAUGAGGGUCGAUCUGGAGAAGAGUCUGAGUCAGAGUCCGAGUACGAGGAGUACACAGACAGCGAGGAUGAAAUGGAGCCACGUCUCAAACCUGUCUUCAUCCGCAAGAAGGACCGGAUCACAGUUCAGGAGCGAGAAGCAGAAGCCUUGAAGCAGAAGGAGCUGGAGCAGGAGGCAAAGAGGCUGGCGGAGGAGAGGCGCAAGUACACGCUGAAGAUUGUAGAAGAGGAAGCGAAGAAGGAGCUGGAGGAGAACAAGCGCUCACUGGCAGCACUGGAUGCACUUGAUACAGAUGAUGAGAACGAUGAGGAGGAGUACGAGGCCUGGAAAGUACGUGAGCUGAAGCGUAUCAAACGGGACCGUGAAGAACGAGAAGCCAUGGAGAAGGAGAAGGCGGAGAUCGAGCGCAUGCGGAACCUGACGGAGGAGGAGCGCCGCGCCGAGCUGCGGGCCAACGGCAAGGUCAUCACCAACAAGGCGGUGAAGGGCAAAUACAAGUUCCUGCAGAAGUACUACCAUCGCGGUGCCUUCUUCAUGGAUGAGGAGGAGGAGGUGUACAAGAGGGACUUCAGCGCCCCGACCCUCGAGGAUCACUUCAACAAGACCAUCCUGCCCAAAGUCAUGCAGGUCAAGAACUUUGGGCGCUCGGGGCGGACAAAGUACACACACUUGGUGGACCAGGAUACCACCUCCUUCGACUCUGCCUGGGGCCAGGAGAGUGCGCAGAACACCAAGUUCUUCAAGCAGAAAGCAGCAGGCGUACGAGACGUCUUUGAGAGACCCUCCGCCAAGAAGCGAAAAACCACUUAAGGGAGCAGGCGGGCGGGCACUUCUCUGCCAGCUGCCGGGAGCCUGGGCAGGGACAGAAGGGACACAGCGCUGUGCCAGGACUCGUG